AGGGCACUCAUGACGGUUCCCCCGCCAGGCAAGACACCGAUACACACAAUCCCAGGACAACCGCGCUUCUCAACAGAAAUCUGGCGGCAGAUUGCUCUGUGGCUUCCACGCCGUGACCUGAAGACUUUGCUUCUUGUUCCUCACGUCCUCUCACGAAUCGCUAGUCAGCUAUUGUUCCGGAAGAUUGACCUACACUUUGGAUCGGACAAAUGGGAUUCGCAACGGAGCGCUGACAUCCUCACUCGAAUUAUCACCGAUAGCGCAUUUGCAAACCUAGUCAGGACGCUUCGAAUCUUUGUGCCAGGUCGCGAUGUCGUUCCUAUGACCUUCCAAACAGGAAUGCUCGCCAAUGCGCUGCCAAAACUGAGCAACCUUCGAAAUGUGCACUGUUCGAUGCGAUGGAAGGAUAUGUACUCAUUUCUGCGAAUACUCGAGACAAUUAACCACAGGAUAUACGGGCUAUCCCUUAUGCCAUCCGAUGGAACGGGAGAGUUACGUUUCCCAAAGUUCAAGCACAUUACUCAGUUCUCCUACUCUGCGAACGGCGGAAACCCAGCGGAAGUCUACGAGUUCCUAGCACGCAACAAAGGAUCAAUCCGCACUAUUAACCUUCAGAACCUCAACUGGUCUUUCCCCUCCGACGUCAUCUCCAUCCGCAACCUCACUCACCUCGACUUUCUCGGGACUUUUCAAACUGAUUCUCACGCUCUUGCUGACAUUCUCAGUAACGGACACCAACUCGAAUCCCUCCGAUUACAAUGCAUGCUCGAAUGUAGCGCUUCGGUGCAAUUCAGGGAUUUCCCGAAAGCACUCCCCUUCCUCAGGCACUUCUCGCUGUCACUUCUUGGCUAUAGGGUCAACGACUAUGACUUCUUCCCUGCUAUAUCCGAUUUCCUCCGUGGUCGAACCGAAUUGCGGACCUUGCAGCUCAUCGUUCCUAGUGCUGAUUAUGCGCAUCGGCGACUAGGAUACGACGCCAACGUAUGGGGUGUAUUGCCUUCUCUUACUCAUCUUCAAAGCCUCUCAGCCACGUUGCCGAAGGACGUGGCUGCUGCUGUCGCCAUGUGGCUCGUUCCCCGCAGCGUGCAAAGCCUCUCCCUCCAUAGUAUUUCUAGCGAAGACGUCGUCGCUUAUGUUUCUCAACUUCGACCCGGUUUACCUCCGUCUCUCAAGUUUAUCGGGAUUUUUCAAUCUCAGAUCGACGACGUUGCAGCUGUAAUUGAACAUGGCUUCCCGACUGUCAGGUUGGCGCGAAUCGACGAAGACUAUUAUACAGUGACGCGCCCUGCAGCCCCUGCAUCAGGUCAAGUAAAACUCGAAGAAUGGCCCAAAGCUAGAACUCGAUAUAACGCGAAGGAAUGGCUAGAAUGGUUCGAAUGCGAGGAUGCGGAGUGGAGGGAUCCGACUGAAUUCUUAUGAGCGCCUUAUUGGAAACGCGGACAUAAAACUUCAUGUCCUGGUGACUCUGGCGACUUAUUCAUUCUGGAUCGUCAAGCGCUUUCUUAUCUACGGUAUACACGCUUACUCGUCCGUCCCUCGUCUUCGUCUUCUUGCUUUGAUGCCUUUAGUUAUGGUGGUAUUUUUGGUUAUCGGUAGAACUGUAUCCGUAUUGAUCUCACUUGCCCGCCCGACAAACUGUACCUCUACAAUAGCUGGAAGGCUACGUAUCUCCUCUAAUACACACAAGCUGGCGAUAUCAGGUACUAUUACAAACCGAAAGGAUGUCGGCUGGAACUUGGGAUUGAAGUAGGGUGAUGAAGUCAUCCAAUGGCAUCCAUUCUAGGCCUUUCACAGGAGUACCUUCGUGUAUGACACGGACAAAAUUGGAUUCCUUCUCUUGCCACGCCUACAACGAACAUCCCAGAGCUGGCCAACGGAGAGGAGAGAUCUUUCCCAACCCUAGCCCAGAUGCUAAUCUGAUCAUGGAGCCGUCGUGCCCAACAAAGAGUCGAGCUUUGAAUUUCUCCUCUCCGGAGCGGAAGAGCUUGAAAUUUUGGACAAGCUCUUGGAAGAAUACGCCUACGAGUCACAAUCAGCAAAACUUGAGAGGCAUAGUCGUAGGACCUAACGUUACUUACCAAAGGUCAACUGAUUGUAAGUGCUGGCAUUUUGAGCUGCGUUCCAAAUGUAGCUACCAACCUUCUUUUUAGCUGAUAUUUGAAACCACAAGACUGGAAUACUCACUUAUAUUCGAAAUCGCCGAUGGCAAAUACCUUUGCUGCGUCCGCUUCGGCUACGCAACCGCCAGUUGAAUUACAAGGUAACGGGUGACUAUGACAAGUUCUCGACGUGAAAGUGUCAAAGAAGUGAUCAUCUAUAACCACUUCUCAGCGAUACCAUCCAGCUAUUGCGAAAUCCGGCACCUACACCAAGACGCCCAGUCAGCCAAACCCGUUGUACCGAGCGUUGCAUCCAAUCUAGCUUUCAACGAGGCGUUGGCCUCGAGAUGAUCUGUCCAGGCCGGCACAGAUUGAAAUGCAUCUCGGAUCGCGUCGGCCUUUGGACAGGAGUAGCUUGGUACAAUGGAGUCGAUCUUGUAUUUUAGGACGAUCAGUCAAAAUCAAAAUCAGGUAUACCUGUUGAGUC